UUUUUUCUAAUGUCAACCAUAACAGCAGCUUAUCGGCGCAUUUGCUACUUCACCAACUGGGCCCAAUACAGACCUGGACAAGGCAGUUUCAAACCAAGUAAUAUUGACCCAUCAUUCUGCUCCCACAUCCACUAUGCUUUUGCAAAAUUGACUGGUAAUUCAUUGGCUCCAACGGAGACCAGUGAUCUUUCUAUAAAUGGUGGAGAAGGAAUGUACCAACAAGUGAUUAAUUUCAAGAAAACUAACCCUGGUUUAAAGGUUAUUCUAACUGUAGGUGGAUAUAAUGUGGGUACUUCGCCUUUUUCUGCCAUAGCUUCUGCACCAGGAAACAGAAAGGCUUUUAUUUCACAGGCGAUCACUUAUCUCAGAAAACAUAAAUUCGAUGGAUUGGAUAUUGACUGGGAAUAUCCACAGUCAAAUGACAAAGCUAAUUUUGCUGAGUGGGUAAAGGAAUUACGAGCAGCAUUUGACAAAGAAGCAACAGAAACAGGGCAGACACCACUCAUUCUGACAUGUGCAGUAGCUGCUGGAAAAUCAAAAAUUGAUGCUGGAUAUGAUGUCCCAACUCUUGCUAAGUAAGCUUACUUAUCUAUC